CAGAGUACUGCCGACAUGCAUUGUAGAGGAAGACACAUGCCUAUUGUCAUUUUACUGAUGAUCCUGCCUCACUCUGCUUGUCAGUCUGGGCCUCCUGGACCACGUGGACCUGCUGGACUUCCUGGAUUUCCUGGACCACGUGGACCUUCUGGACCAUCUGGAGCUCCUGGAAUGCAUGGAAAGGAUGGACCAAUCGGACCUCCUGGAAUGACUGGACCACAUGGAUAUCCUGGAGCACCUGGAGCAGAUGGACCUCCUGGUGUACCUUGUUCUGUAGAUCAAACUGGACUUGCAUUGAUUGCCACGGGAGGGUGUGUUCUUGCAAUUCUGGAUGGUGUUAUCCUGGCUGCCGUUGUUUUGUUCAUAAUGAGGAAUAUGGGAAAUGCAGCAGCCAGAGACUCAGGAGCAAAGAGGCCUGACGUGGACCCUCCUGAUGAUACAUACACAGCUCUGAAUCCCAGGACAACAACAUCUGAUUAUGAAAAUAUUGAUCAUUUUAGGAAUUUACCCAGUGCCCCUGGCCGAAGACCUAGAUGAAACGUGCGCCUCUGCAAACUCCAGCUCAUGUUGAACCAACUCCAUACUCCUCCAGAUAGCAACCGACAGGGGACAGUGUUUUACAAACACAGACAUAGGCACACAUGUCUGUGUGUGUGUGUGUGUGUGUGUGUGUGUGUGUGUGUGUGUGUGUGUGUGAAGGGUCCAAGCAGUGUUGCAUUCACCUGCAUCUUUGCUUCAAUUUUCUUCUGCUGUAAAAAUUUAAACUUUUCUUACAUGUUGAAAUGUUCAUGUUUAUUUUAUGUUCAUGUUCAAACAAUUCAAAGUGAAAGUAAAA